AUGACGGCGAAAGGUCGAAACCGUAGCAGAUCCAAGGAUAAUAAUAAUAGCAUUCUCGGUGGUUCUCUGUUACCAGAUGGUCCCAAUAAUCCAGCAGACCUUUCCUUGUCUUUUUGUGAUGGGGACUAUGAUUACGACUAUGAUUAUGGAGACUUUGAGGCCCCAGGAACAGACCUGAACCUAACCCAAGACAGCAGUGGCCUUUACAGUCGACGAAGUUUUCCCUCCAACCCUCUCCUCGGUGGGUACGACGAAGACUUUGAAAGACAAUUUAAUGAUGCGCCAUCUUGCUUUUCGAGUGACAGUGACAAUGACAGCGAUGGUGGUUCCAGCUUUGACUGUAGCCAGAGCAGUCUAGAAGAAGAUGAAGAUGAUGACGAUCCUUUACCGAUGGGAAUAUCCAGCAGCUACCAAAGAAUCUUUGGUACCACCAGUGCUUCCGCGGGAACCAGCAAGGAGAAAGAAGCUACCCAUGGCAAGCAAAACUCCAGAUCAGGCUCCAAAGAUCCACCAGAAGUCAAGAAACAAAGCAAGGCAUCUAGCUGUCAUCUUCCACUAUCAUCAGUUCUCAAUACUACGACAACCUCGACCUCCCGCAAUACCAGUGGAAGCAGGUUUGAAACCGGCUCCAACACCAGCACUCCCUUUGAUGAGAAGCAGGAAGACAAGGGCGCCUCACUUUUUGAAUUAAGUCGAAGACGUGACCUUCAUGAACGCCCUCAACAAAGCAAAAAACAACCCAGGAACGCAACAACCGCCAACAAGCAACCAGAAAGAGAGCCCUUGGCCACCAAAACAAACGCCCCACUCGAUGAGCUGGACACUGAUGCCAAGAAAUGUUCUAGCCCCACGCAGCAACAACUAAAGAACGUGGACCAACAGCAGCUAUUGUGUGUAUACAUUUGUGUGGACCCAAACUGCCAAAAUAACCAAUGCCACCCACCAGACAUUCUACGGGAAUCCAGAGACGUGAAGAAAACUGUCAAGGAUCCCUCUUUCUUUUAUGUGCCCGUCAGCUUGAUUGUCCGAAGAGAAGCAGAGAUGAAACAGGCCUCCAAGCACUCCAAGGUACCCAGACGGCGAUGGAAUGGGUCCCUGCUAUUUUCCAAAUGGCAAGAGAUACGAGACAAGAAAGAAAAGAAGCCACGACGACGCGACAAUAAUCACGCGGCGACCAGUGUGUCGCCGGAAUCGGCCAAUAUCAUUACCUGCACUUUGCAUCCAGUCCAUGAAAUGGCCAAGGCGCAGGUGAUUUCUCCCAAGUUUGAUUGGUGGCAAUCCUGGUUGACAGUCUGUAUUCGGGCCUACUACAAUACUGGAACCAUUCGUGUUCCCAGUCAUUGCCAUGGCUUGGAGAUUCUCUUGGCGCUCGAGUUCUUUGGAAUUUUGUACGGAAGCCCCGAUCAACUGGUCUUUGAUGAAGCAGCUGUCUACCAAAAAGUCAAACAGUGGAGUCGAUACUUUACUCACAGAGCGACUCUGGCGCAGUGGGUGGUCGAUAAGCUCAAAGAGCAGCAAUCAGAGGAACAAAAGAAGCAAGGUGACAACGACAAGGGCAACUUUCGAGCUCCUUUUGUGUUUUGUACCAAUCCCAAGCCAGUCAAACCAGGGAGUAGUUUCUCGAUCGAACCGCUACAGAAACCCAUCAUCAUCUUUGAGGGUAGGCUCGAGGUUCUGGACAACGACAAAUCGUCCAAGAGAAAGCGUCGCAAUAAGGCAAAUCAGCGUCUCAACAGUGCACAGCUGGUUCACAGCUUCUUUGUCGCGUACGAAAAGUCUCACAUUACAGAAAAGGUCGACGAUCCCGUCUUUGCCUCGCCGGAGAUGAUGCCGGGCAUGAUGAGAGAGGAUUUCAAAUCCUACUUGCAACAUGUUCUUCCAGAACAUGCCUUUCUGACGUUUGCCCUCAAGGAUAUUCAACUCAUGGCAUCGAGUCAGGCCGUCAUGGGGCGCAACACUAAGAAACGAUAUGGGGAGUCCAUGAGGCGGGCUGUGUUGGUGGUCUCGUUCAAUCCCCCGCCAACUGCUCCAUCGCCAACCCCCAAACAACAAUUGGAAGAGCUUGCAAGAAAGAACAAAGCAUGGCCCUCCUCCAACAAAGGUGGUGGUAUAUUGUCACCCAUUGCACGCUCUGAUGUUACCUCAAUCGCCUCGAGUGUCACGAGCAUCACAAACGCUCCCACCGACGAGAUGGCGUUUCAAAACACCGUAAAGGCGGUGGUGAAUCUGCUGCAGGGGACAACCCAACAAAAGCUCAUUGGUGACUGUAUUGGCGGGAACGAAAGCUUCUACUUUCAAAACACCGGCAAGAAGGAAUCCACCGGCAAGGAUAAACGAAAGCGAAAGUCUGUCAUGUCACCAGAUACUACUGGAUCUUCCGCGGAAUCCCUGCUUUUAGAUCCCCCGGCAACAGUCAGAUCAACGAACGACGAAUCAUCAACUCUUUUCCCCGCACCUGGUGAAAAGAAUGACAAGAGAGGGAAGGAAAGGGAUGCCAAGCCACAAGCCAGCGAAAAGAGAACUAUGAAAAAAACUCCUCCACCACGGGAAGACACCCACAGGACAACCGACAAGAGCAAAACGCAGCAGGCAAACCCACAAAAAACUGCCGCUACGAAUCAUGUUCUGCGGCCAAAGCCGACCAACACGCCCGCCCAGCCUAUUGGAUACGAUCUCUCAUCUCUGGACACUUCUCACAUAUACGGAGGUGACCUGUUUCUCGAAAGCAUCUUUCCCAAAACUGCAGCACCUGAUGCACCCGAAGAGUCUUUCAUUCGUUCGGGUAGCAACCAAAGCCCUCUCUGGACCCCCAGCUUAAUUGCGGCUGAUCCUGAUGAAAAACCUGGAGCUACAACAGGGCCCGCACAAAUCCAUCAGCCAGCGGCACUAGCUCCCAUCUCUUUUGUCACUGGUGCAUCCCCGGAUCAUGUUUCAGUUACAAGUUCCAUUACCGGCACACGUCACCCAGAAUCCGUGCUUACCGGGAAAGUGAACUCCGCACAGCCGCAAAAGUCGGACAAGGGGAAAGGAAACAUUUCUGAUACUACUGUCCAAGAGUCUCGCAGCAGUGGGGGCUCAGACAGGCAAUCGCAUACCAUUGCAUGUUCUACUGUCGGAGCUCUGUUCGGGCAAAGCACCCAAGAAGAUGACGAACAAUCCGGUGUGAAGAAGCUCCACGAUGAGUCAUUUGAGGCUCGUUUCGAUGCCCUCAUGAGAGAAGACGGUGAGCCCUACAAGCGGUAUCGUCGCAAGAGAAGCGAGGAGCUUCGAAUGCAGAAGAACCUUCAGGCUGCCUUUAAUGACCUCAAGUUUGGUGUAAGCUCCAUCAAUAUCAAUGAGAUGCAUAAAGCAGCGGGCGAUGAAGUGAGGAAUGAGGAUUCUUGUCACUUCCUGAGCGACAUGUUCGAUCUAUUCGUCCCGUCGUCAGGGACCAAGCCCUUUGUUAUGGGCUGCGAUGUGACUGCCUUGAAUACGAACAAAGACUCCAAGGAGCCAACCAUCAUGAGCUCAACUAUUGAUUCGUCCACUGUCAGCUCGAGUGUUUCCACUGUUGUCACCAGCUUGUCCAAACGAAAAAACCCGGUUGUUAUUGAGCCCAUGGUGAUGGGACUCUCCGAAGAAAACGUCAAUCCUGCCUCACUUGUUCUGAAACUAUUCUCUGGACCAGAGUCACCAGCGGUUCCCACCAAUAUCUCGGCGCCCGCAAAUAUCCCUGCUCCCUUGGAAGAGUCACAUGUGGCCAAAAAGCAGGUGGUCCCCAGGCCUUCGCCGCAGGUCGAAGACGAAAAGCACGGAGAAACCGGUUUUGAGGUGUUCCACAUCUCAUCACCAAUGUCGCAUCCUUCUCACGCAAAUGGGCGGAAGAAACCGAAACAGUCCACUGCACAAAGAGCGAUGCGAGCGCCCAUGCCACCAAGAUCCCCCGCUUCCCCCCGGGGGCGGCCGCAACCGACGCCAAGAAAACCCACUAGUAGGUUGCCUCCAAGCGCAAGAAAUGGGAGCAUAGCGUCUUCUCCAGCUGGUGCCAAGGCCAGCAAACAACCCACCACAAAACAGCAUGAACCGCCUCAAAAGGUUGACAAGAAACAAAACAAGGGGAUUCUCCGAUUCUUGCGAAAGAAAUAG